AUGAUCGAACUUAUGACAAAAGAAUUGAAGUUAUUGAAGUAUUUACAAUCACCAAAUGUUUUAGACUCCAUCAAAGGUAAACCUUUGAAAGUAUUAAAGGCAAUUGACGAUUUUAAUGCUAGAAGUAGUCAACAUUACAUGAUAGUUGGCCCGGCCAAGGGGAAGUUCAUAGUUGAGGAAAUUCAAAGAACAAAACCAAAGAUCUUGAUUGAAUUAGGAUGUUUUGUUGGUUAUAGUGCUGUUAAAUGGGGUCAUGAGUUGUCAACUAUAGGAGGCCGAUACUAUGGAUUCGAAUUUAGUGAGGAUUACGCUGAUAUUACUCGACAAGUUAUCGAAAUAGCUGGACUUUCAUCGAUAUCAACUAUUCUUGUGGGGGCUGCAAGUGAAAGGUUACCUGAAUUUGCCAAACAUCACAAACCUGCAGAUUUCAUUUUCAUCGACCAUGAAAAAAGUUUAUAUGUACCUGAUUUCAGAGUAAUGGAAUCUGUGGGAUUAAUUGGUGAAAGUACAACCAUCGUGGCCGAUAAUAUCAUUCGUCCUGGUGCACCUGAAUAUCAUCAAUACGUAAAUCUUGAUUCCAAUGAAAGAGAAACUUAUAAUAAUUCCCAUGAAAAUAUAUCAGGAUCAAGCUAUAAGGGUAAAUCCACCAAUUUAUAUACAUCACAAUUGAUUCCUGUUGGUCAAGAUGCCAUUGAAAUAACAAAAUGUUUACUGGUUUAA